CCGCCCCGCACUUGUCCGCGAACCGCGGAGCAUCGACCAGGAACGCGGCGAGCAAGAACGGGGGCGAAGUGAGCGCGAGAGGGAACGGGAGAGAGAACGGGAGAGGGAGGGCCACCAGGAGCGCGAACGGGAAGACCACCAGGAGCGGUCGCGUCGGCGGCGACGGCGGCUCUCGCACGAGGGGGACGAGUGGGCGCGGAGCGAGGUGAUGAGCGAUGGGUUGCUGAGCAGCAGCCGGGUUGAAGGGCGGUCGGCUCGACGAAACAAAGAGGUGGACGAGAGGCGGCGUGUGGUGGAAUCGCACGGCGAAGAAGAGUCCCCGCGGGACAAGGUCCGUCGAGGCGAGGUCCGAAGGGAUGAGGCGCGACGGGAGACGAAGGUGCAGCGCGGUGGAUCGGAUUUGCGUCGGGAGAUGGAUGCGGAAUUGCGGCAGGUGUGUGAGAAGGGCCUGGAUACGGCGUUAGC